AUGCCACGGCAGUCUUUAGCAGCAGACACCACCGCGACCGCCGCAACAAAAACAACAACAACAACAACAACAAGCUGUCCGUCUCCACAAUCACUUCUUGAAACCAUAAUCCGUGCGUACUCGCUACAAGAUUUCGUACCGGGGUAUACGGAACGACAGAGGGGGAUUGUUAAUUCCGGGAAUGGGGAUGUGACGUUUUCUACACCUCAUGAGACGGCGAUAAAUACUUUUUCUGCUUUGUUUUCUGUUGCUGCUGCUGUUAGGGGGAGACCUGGGAUUCCCGUUGAGAGGUAUGGGAAGGAUGGAGCGGGGAGAGGGGUUGGGGAGAUAUUAAGGGAGGGGGAGGGGGAGGGUGGUUCUGUUUCUGGUUCUACUUCUACUUCUACUUCUACUUUUACUGGUGAGGGGAAGAAAGUUGUUAAAUGCUACGACGAAGGGUUUACGCAUGUGAAGAGGAUAUAUAAUCAUGUUGCGAAUAAGACGGGGGAGCAGAUGGAUAGAUUGUUAGAUGAGGUUUUGAAGGCUGGUGGGGAAGGGUAUGUCCCUGGAUGUACGAGUGGGGAUUUUAGGAUUGAGUUGGAGGCUGAGGAUGGGGAGGCGGUGGGUUGUGAGGGUGAUGAUGAUGAUGAUCUGUCUAGGGUUAUUAGUGUACCUGUUAGGGCACCGAAGAGGGAGACUGUUAAGAGGAAUUCGGGGGUGAAGGGGAAGUCGAAGGUGCAGGGGAAGAAAGGGGGGGUAGUGGUGGCUGGUGGGAAGGGGAAGAAGGGGGCUGUGGUGGUUGAGGAGGUUGUGGAGACGUUGUUACCGUCGUCGUCAUCAUCACGGCCGGCAGCUCAGAGUUCUAAGGCUUCAACAUCAUCGCCAUCGACGGUGGCAGCGGCAGCAGCAGACCAUUCCUCGUCGUCGUCGGCAUAUGCAGAAAUCCAUCUCCACCGAUUCAUCGCCAUCUCCUCGAUUCCAUAUUACAAAUACCUAGAUUUAUCAUCUUCCUCCCGUCUACAAUUCUCCGACGCAUCGUCAAACUCCUCGACCCUCCCAUUCCCAACGGUAACCUACUACGCUCUCCGAAUAAUCCAACGAUGGCUUUACAACCCUCUAAGAAUCGGACAAGCAAUCGAAGAAUUCGAUCCAAACGCCCACUUUUAUUUACUCUCGAAUUGUAAACGACAAGAUCGUAAUCAAUACCCUCCACCGCUCGCAACCGCAAAAGGGAUGAUCGAAGUCGCUAGAGCGGCUGAUUAUCUAGGAAUCUCGGAGUUGGCGGAAUGGAGCGGGAAGAUGUUGAGGAAGAUGUGUCAUGGUUUGUCUAAAUGCGGCGGAGGAGGUUGUAGAACCAUGGUCCCGUUCGUUUUCGAUGAGAUUUAUAAAAGUGGAGGGAUGGGGUUGGAGGAACAGUUGAGUGUGGAUAUUAAGGAUUUCCUGGUGAGGAAUGUGGAGAGUAUGUGGAAGAGACCGGUGGUUAUGUUGAAUGAUAAGUGUUUGGAGGAGUUGGUAAGGGCGUUUAGGGAGUUACAUGCCGGAUGUGGAGUGCCUUCUACGGGGGCUGGGUUGAAUAUGAUGGGGAAAGCGAUGAAGAAGGGGAUUAUUGGUAAGGAAGUGAGACUUGGGAAAGAGGAGGAAGUUGUAACGAGGCCGUUACAUUUGUGGCAUGUAUAUUUGGAAUUGAAUAGAGUGAGAGUCUCGGUUAUGAUGUCGGCGUCUGGGACUACGAACCGAUGGAUGGAGAAAUUGUUAGGACCGGCGAUGGAACAUUGUGUUCAUGAGAUCGCGAGGGGGUUUAAUGAUCCGAGACUUGCGGCGGAUUUGGCGAGUAAAAUGGAAGAUGGGAGUUUUCAAAAGGAUGUGGUGGAGGAGAUGUUGAUGAUGGUUAGUAUGAGUAGUAUUAUUACUACUACGGAAGUCGGAAUACCGUUUGAGAAGGCACCGUUGAAUAGACGGACUGUUAAACCUGUCUUUGAAGGGGUGGUGAACUUGAGGAAGUUUACGGGGGGUGGUGGGGGGGAUAAUGAGGAGUUGGGGAAAGCUGAGAAGAGGGUUUUGGAGUUUUUGGGGAGGGAGUGGAUGACUAUUGUCGUCGGAGGGGAAGGGAAGGGUGGGGAAAGUGGGUUUGCUGGGUGGAGACCUGCGAUGUUGACGGUUUUGAGUAGGAAGCUGAGGCUUUCUGUGGAUGAUCUUUUGGGGAAAGGAGCUAGGAAAGGGAUGGCAAUGCAGAUUUCUGCUGGAGGGAGGUCUAGAGGUGGGAGGAUGGUUAAGGAUAGUUUUGGGAAUGAUGUUAUGGUUGAUAGUAGGGAAUUUAGGAGGACUGAAGUUGAUAUUGAACCUGAGGAGGAGGAAGGGGAGACUGCAGGUGGUUCUUCGAGGAGUUUGAGGGCUGAAGCUGAGGCUUUUGUACCUUCUGGAGGAGUUAUGGGAGUCGAUGGGGAGUCGAAUUGA